AUGACUGAUGCCGGAUUCUUUAAAGGUACUUCGGCUGAACAAGAUAGUCGAUUUGCAAAUAAACAAAAAAAAUUACUUAAACAAAUGAAAUUUCCGGAUAAUAUUGAUGUUAAAAUCGAUAUGUUAAAAGUUAAUUUAGAUACAUUAAAAUCAUGGAUUACAAAACGUUUACAAGAAUUAUUAGGUAUUGAAGAUGAUGUUGUUAUUGAAUUUGUUUUUAAUCAACUAGAAGAUAAGAAUCCUGAUCCAAAAAUGAUGCAAAUUAAUUUAACCGGUUUUCUUGGUGGAAGUAAAGCUCGAUUAUUUAUUGGUGAACUUUGGAAACUUUUAGCUAGUGCACAAUUAUCAACGGAUGGCAUACCAGCAGAAUUUGUUGAAAUGAAAAAGAGAGAAUUGAUCAAACGACAGGAAGAAGAUGAUCGAUUACGUGAAAUUCGCAAACGUGAAGAAGAUAGUCAUCGACAAGAUAUAAAACCUGAUAUUGAUAAAUUAGAUAAUAAAACAAAUGGACGUAAUUCAAUGGUAUCAUCAAAUAAUAAUAAUAAAUCACGUAAUGAAAAUGAUGUUACUACUGAAUAUAAAUCACGAUCAUAUUAUGAUGGUGAUCGUGAUCGACGACGUUCAUCACCAAAAAAUCGUCGAAUACGAAAUUCACGUAGUCCAGAUUUAAGAACACGACAUAACGAUAAAAAACCAACUCGACCUAUUUCAGAAAAUAGUGAAAAUGAAGAUAAUCAUCAUCAUCGACAUCAUGAAAAAAUAAAAGAAAAUCUUAAAUCAUCAUCAAAUCGAUAUGAACGUCAUCGUUCACCAUCAAAAUCUCCUAUACAUAAUCGAAGUCCAAUAAAAUCAUCACGAAAAAAUGAAAAACGUCAACAACGAUCUUUAUCACCUUCACCCGAACCACAUAAUACAUCAUUUCAAACAACAAAAAAUCUAGAAAAAAUUAAAUCUAAACCUAAAACUCGUUCAUCAUCUUCAAGUUCAAAUGACAGUUAUUCACGCCAAAGACAUGAUAAAUUAUCACGAAAGAAAACCGAUGAUAUAUCAAGUGAAAUAAAGCGACAAAAAAUAAAUGAAAAUAAUAAUUUAACAAAUGAUAAUCAAAUUAAAAAACAAUCUAUAUCUAAAACAAAACGAAAAUCACCUGCACCUUCGCCUCCACGUUCAAAACAAUCAAUAAAAACUUCUUCAAAAUCGAUAUCUACUAUAGAAAAAUCUAAAUCAAAAGUAUCACCCAUUAAAGAAAAGAAAAAACCUAAAAAACAAUCAAAACGAACUCGAUCAUCAUCAAUAAAUUCAUCAUCAAUUUCACGUUCAAUUUCAAAUUCUUCUUUUUCAAGUUCAACAUCAUCAUUAUCGUCUAUAUCUGAAUCAGGAAAAAAUAAAAAACAAAAGAAAAAACCACAAUUAACCAAAAUCGGUUCAUCAAGUCGAUCACGAUCAUCUUCACCGGAUCGUAGUCGAAAGUCCGACAAAAAGAAAGAUGAUCAUAAAUCAAGAAAACAUAGUACUCAUAAUAGUAAAUCUUCAUCAAGAAAACGAACAAAACAUCAUAGAAGUAAUGAUAAUAAACGAAAAUCUCAUCGUGAUCACCUAGACAAAUCAAUAACAAAAAAACAACAUCGAAAUGAAUCAUCGAAAAAGAAAAAAGAUAAAAAUGAACAUAAAGAAAAAAAAUAUUCGACUUCAUAUCAAUCACCAUCAAAUAACGAAAUUUCACAAUCACCACCACCAUCACCAAAAAGACCUCGACUUGAAUCUCAAAUUAAAGUACAAACACCACCACCACCUAAAUUACCUGAUGAUAAUAAAUUACAACAAGAAUUAAUUUGUCAACCGUCUACCCCGAUCAAACCAAAUCGCACCGAACGAAUUGUUGUAUUAGAAGAGUCUCGAACUGAUGGUAGUGAUUCAAUUUCAACACGUGUAUCAAUUUCAACAAAAAUCAAUGAUAAUGAAGAACAUCAAAAUAAUACUAAUAAUAAUAGCGAAGAUGAAAAUGAAAUUGAUUUACGUGAACGUCUAUUACGUGAAAAAGCAAUUAAAUCAAUGAGACGUCGUCAAAAUUCUAAUAUGAAUAUAAAUACAAAAACAACUAAUGAUCGAAUUGUUUAUGAAACGCAAUAA